UCUUGUCACUUGUCACUAGUUAGUCUUGUCUGAUUGGAAAGAUUAUUCAGUCAGAUUCAGAUUAAUUUUAUAUAAUAAUAUCAAUAAUAUUAUAUAGUUGCUCAAUUUUCAUUCAAAUCUAUAUCAAUCCAUCUAUUCUAUGUUACAUGAAGCAAAAGUACCAUGUUUACACCAACUUCCGUAUCAUUGUCGGGCCCAGCAUUCUCAUUUCUCCUGUAUGAAAAUAGUAAAUGCCGCUUUCAACAAGAAGGAUUUCUAAUUGGGGAAAUUGUUGAGAAAGAGACAAAGACAAUUACUGAUAAUGAUCAACAACAAGUUAACAUUACAAAAACCAUAAAAAUAAAUUCUGCCAUACCCUGUCCUUACUCCCAUUUUUUUUAUAGUGGUUCAGGGAAGCUUCAUAAAGAGAAACUAUCAGACUUUUUGGGUACUCAUGUGGAUAGAGUUGUGGCCUGGUACAAGUAUCAACGUGUUGGAAAUCUGAAGUUCACUUUAAGGGACAAUAUUAUACAUAGUCAGUUGAUGGAUUUCUUUCAAAUACCACCUGAACUAUUCACCUGUUGUUUAUUGAAUAAUGAAAUAUCUGAGAAUGGGUCAACAUACACUUAUUCACAAACAUUUUUGAGAGUUAAUAAUCAGAGAAUUGAUAGGUUGCCAAUUACAAUACCCAAUCUGAGUGAACCAAAUGAUACUUACAAAAACUCUGAACCUGCCUCUGAAACCUUCAGGAAAAUUCUUGGUGAUUUGAAAAUUGACAGAAGAUCCACUCAAGGAUCUGUGGUGAUAAACAGAAUUCAAAAUGCUUUACAAAAACAUAUAGAUAGUGUUGUACAGAAGUUAUCAGAGUCUGAGCAGUAUAUAUAUGAAUUGGAAGAAGAUUUACACACACUUCAAAUUUCACAGAAGUUGAAGAAAAUGAAUGAAGAAUUAAUUUCAGAAAAUGCAUCACCAACAAGAACAUCUGAAUCAGAAGAUAGUCCAAGGGUUUAUCAUGGUAUAGAUAGCACACCAUCUGAGAAGGAAAGCUCCCCUGAACUGCAGCGCAAAACUGGCAGGGCUGGCAGUGUUCGUGGAAGGGGUGGGAAGAGAGGCUUAUUUAAUGAUAAGGAGACCAAAGCAACAAGAAGGCCUUCAAGGACUGAAAAACUGAUUAAAACUUCAGAAGACUAGAUUUCUUUUAUAUUAUAUUGACAGCAAUUUACAGAACAUGUGUUCAUCUCUUUCAGAAACCACACAAGAACAUACCUUAAGUUUAUAUGGAGAACAAAGGCAAACAUGGAUUUUUUGGAGAUAACAGAAACAAUACAUGUUUCACAAUAUUCUGAUUGCUGCCCUGAGGCAUUAUGAUUUUUUUAAAUGGAACAUCCUG